AUGACAAGACCAGCAGAUACUGAAGACACGUACAACCGUGAAGAGUUGUUUCAUGUGAAUAUUCAGGUGAAGCAAGGAGUUGUACAAGCUAUCAUUGACCCUGGAAGUAAGAAAAACCGGAUUUCAGAGGCUUUAGUAAAAAAAGUGGGUUUAGACACCACACCACAUCCUAAGCCAUACUCGCUAGAAUGGAUUCAGAAGGAUGUUGACUUAUAG